UUGUGUACGGAAAAAAAUGCAACGAUGGGCGAAAACGGGGCAAAAGGGAAAUCAGGCACAACUGCAUGUGCUAGCUGCUAUAACACGAUAGAACCGGAACGACAUGUGGCCGCCGUUGGUCAGCUGUGGCACGCGGAAUGCUUUAGGUGCUCGGUGUGUGAUGCACGACUGUCGAGUUGGUACUUCGAGAAGGAUGGGCUACUGUUCUGCAGGGAUGAUCAUUGGUCAAAGUUUGGUGACUGCUGCCAGCAGUGCUCGCAGUUUAUCUCUGGACCUGCGAUGUUUGCCGGAGAUCACAAGUUUCAUCCGGAAUGCUUUCGUUGCGAAUUGUGUAAAGUAUUCAUCGGUGAUAGGGAAUCGUACGCGCUGCUGGAACGCUCGAAACUGUACUGCGGCCAAUGUUACAAACAUCAGCAGAAAGCGUUGGAAGUGAAGCGAAAUGAAGCAAUAGUGUCACCAUCGAAGGAAAGGCAUAAGCUACCGCAUUCCAUCCGGUUGGUUGAGAUACCCUGGAGCGGCAAUCGAUCGGAUCGCAUUCGACUGGCAACUGACGAGAAACCGUUUGGCACGGCCGGGAAGGGUGUUGCGAACGGAUGCAAGAGCGUUAGAAUAUCAGAGGUGUUCUGUACGGCGUACGGACAGAUAGGAAAGUACAUAUUUUCGUGUAUUAACACCGCGUUGGAUUCUUGCUGUGGUUUGCUUCACUUUAGAGUAACGCUCAAUCCCGAUUUAAUGCCACUCCGAGUCGGCGAUAAGGUACUAGAAGUGAACGGCACACCGGUGCGUGAUGUACCGUUGGAAAGUUUACAAAAUCUCAUCGAAGCUUCUGCGGGUAAAGCGCUCCAGCUUACGGUGGAACACGAUCCGGACCUUAUCGAGCAAUCCAUGCCUGAUGUUAAGGGUGGUGAAGGUAUACUCUCAGCUUCGUACAGUGGUCCCUCGCAAUGUGCGUCAGACGCGGUCAAUAACAAUGAGGACGAUGAAGGUACGCGGAGCCUGUCACCCAGUAAACUGGAACGUAUAUUCAAAAAGAAGGAUGAAGGCUACAUGAGCGGAUCGUCGCGAAAGUUACAGAAACGAUUGAAGGAUGUCAAUUGCAAUACUGCUACCAAUAGUUUAAAGGAGAAGGAACGAAGCUCAAGCAUGUCGCGCCUACUAGACGAACAUCGCACCAUGGCAACCGGGGGUGAAUUUUACGACCUGUCACGCACUAAAUCGUUUCGCGUCGAACCUAAAGCCGCACGCAUCUUCCGUGCCUCGGAUCUGGUCCAGGGCGAACUGCUAGGGAAAGGUUUCUUCGGACAAGUGUUCAAAGUGACGCAUCGCGUUACGCAAGAAGUAAUGGUGCUGAAAGAGCUGUAUCGUGUCGAUGAGGAAGCGCAGAAGAAUUUUCUCAAAGAAGUCGCCGUACUGCGGUCCCUUUCGCAUCACAACGUGCUACGCUUCAUCGGCGUGCUGUACAAGGACAAAAAGUUACAUCUCGUGACGGAAUUCAUACCCGGCGGUUCGUUGAAGGAAUUGAUACACGAUUCCGGCCAACCGCUUAGCUGGGAGCAGCGGAUAUCGUUUGCGCGCGAUAUUUCCUCCGGCAUGAGCUAUUUGCACUCGAUGAACAUUAUCCAUCGGGAUCUGAACUCGCUCAACUGUUUGGUGCGUGAGAAUGGGACGGUGAUUGUGGCCGAUUUUGGACUGGCGCGGAUCAUCAAACAACCGUUGAUAAGUACUACUGCUUAUGAGAAAUGUACCGUACCGCCAGCGAGUGGUAAUGGAACGAUUGGACGACGUGGGCGGCCGCGUCGGCAACGGUAUACGGUCGUUGGGAAUCCGUACUGGAUGGCACCGGAAAUGAUGCGUGGCAAUAAGUACGACGAGAAGGUGGACAUUUUUUCGUUCGGUAUUAUGCUGUGCGAAAUUAUUGGCCGGGUGCAGGCCGAUCCGGAUUAUUUGCCCCGGUUGCCCGACUUUGGGCUGAACGAGAAAGUGUUUCGGGAAAAGUUUUGCGGCCAGUGUCCGGAACCGUUCUACAAGAUUGCCUUCCUGUGCUGUGAUUUAAAUCCGGACAAGCGGCCACCAUUCCAUGUGCUGCAAGGUUGGCUAGAAACCAUGGCAACCGUCGUAGCGCUACAGCGUCCCAUUCCGAUAAGAAUAAUCGAUGAAAUCGAAAACUUUAAAGAACUGCAGAGUACGGAAUCGAGCCUGUGUACAACACCGGAUGGACUGACGACACCGCCACCAUCCACCGGUGGCUAUAGUCUUAAGCCAUCGCUUAGCCGAAAGCGCAUUUGCGAGGGACAGGAGGAGGACCCGGCCGAACGGCAGCAUAAAAUGACCGAUGUACAAACGACAACGGAAAGCCUAGACAUGGUGGACGGCGUGCGUAAUGUGCCUGUAGAUAGUAAUGCCAGUGCUGCUGUGCCACCGCUGGAAACGACAAACGGUACUACAGCAUCAGUAGCUGCAGGGCCUGGUUUCAUUGUUGUGGAUUUUAACGAUAUACCAAAGUCACCACACCUGGGGAAAGAUUUCUCCGCCAACGGGGAUCGUAUACGGGACAGUAUACGUGCCAAACGACGCCAGCGCAUGAUGUUAAGUCGUGAAAAUCAACGAAAGUCGCUCGAUUCUAGUUUGCUCGCUGCACGGCUCGCUGGAGGUACGGAUCGGUUGACGGAUUUGAGCACCACGCCAGACGAUGGAAGUUCAUCGGAACCGAUCAGUUUAAUCAUGACAAGUGAGAUGAUUGCAAAGGAAGCUACUAGUGCUGAUGUGAAUGUGACAGAGCGACCUUCAACAGAUCAGGUGCUUGCCUCGGUGAAAGAUAGCUUGGAGCGUACUAAAGACAUCAUUAGUGGCCAUCAACAGUUUUACAGUCCUUUUGCGGAUGGACAGUUGGUGCAGCAGAAAACGAAACACUACGGUGAGAAAGGUUUCAUCAUUCACGUACAAAAUGGACACCUGACGCUGAACAAUGUGCGCGAUCUGGAGAACUGUUCGGACUUUGAUUCGAGUUGUGAUACCAGUUUGAACUACGUGGAGGUAAACGGUAACCGGGUGGACAAUGAAGUGAAUUGUGAGUCUAUUCCACCGAAACCUGUAGAACCCUUGUGUCAGACGUAUCAAGCCCAGAAAUCUACUGCAGAUCGUGAGAAGGAAAUGCUUUCUUCAGACGAACGUAAAAAGUGUGAAAAGGAAAACAUUGCGCUCGAUGAGGAAUCGAAACCGUUGCCGGUAGAGUCUAAAAAUAAUUUCUCUUCCCUGAAAGCUACCUCGCCAUUGGCCUCGAUUCUGCCGGAAAGCAACAGCACAGCGAUAGUUGGAAUCAUGGAUGUUAGUGUAAUGGCGGCCAAAAAGGAGGAAAAAACAAUUUCUUCAAGUGCUCAAAAAGCCGUCCAAUAUACGCGGAAGUUGUUCCGCGUCGCUGAAUCUUCCGCGCCAUCCGCCGGUGUGCUACCAUCCAGCUCCAAGCAAAGCAAUAAUGACAUUCCCGCAAUGCAUCGAUCUAGUGCCAGUUCGGGCACGAAAGUGGCUGGUAAAGCUUCGGGACACGUGCGUACGACUUCAUCGGAACGUUCGAUCUUUUCUACCAAACAGAAAAUAUCUCCCACAUCCGAUCCGGAACCACAAACCGGAUUUGGUGGGACGGCUACUACCCCAGCGAUGGCAGCGAAUGACCUCGCAUCGGCAGAUCGGGCGGUAAAAUUAAACACGGUUCGAUCAGCUGCCCAUACAAUGGUACAUUCGUACAAAUUGAAACCAAACGAAACGACGGAUGGGGGUCAAAAGGGGCCUUCGGCGCGAUUAUCAUCAGGAAAGCGCACUAGCGCUGCUGUUGGAAAACCAGGAAGCUCUACAAAGGCCUCCGUAAUGGUUGCCGAUAGUGCGGUUUGUGUUGAUGAGAUGAUCCGUUCCGCUGCAAAGCCACCGAUCAGUUGUACUGGCGGUGGUGUAGGUAGUGCUAGUCUGCUAAAGUUAAACAAAGGCCGUACCUAUCGGCCGGUAGAACGGAUGACUGUGUACUAUAACGAAAUUCGUGCCAACUCAGGCAGCAAGGAAAGGUACACGUCGACACUUUCGCCAACGGUGGGCAGUAGUGGUAGUAAUUCACGUCCCGAGUCUCCUUCCCAACCUAUUACAAAUGGAAGCCGACCGCUUGUUGGUGGUAGUAGCAAUGGUAGUCGGAGCAUUGGAAUUCUUUCCCCUGCAAGCAUUCGUCGCCUCAAUGCACGGCUGUUGGAGGCACGUAAGGUAAAUAAUGCCUUGCCGCAGGACCAUCAUCCGGUGUCGGGUGCUUUGAAGGGCAAAGCAAGCGGUGGUCCAAUGCUUUCGCUGCAAGGUACAACGAAAGGACCCGGAAUGGCACGAAAAGUCCCAUUAUCUCCGUCUAGUCCCGUGCGCGGAACGGUGCACGGCAGUUCCGUUACCGGAUGUGGUAGAGAGCGCAAGGUACUGUCACCGACCGCUCUUGUUAAGGUGCCCAAGUGAGCUGGAAGCUUAGAUUAAGCUUGCUCACA